GCCCCUUUAAAAAAAUAGUAGAUUAAAUAAUGCUCAUUACCAACACUUGCAUCCGAGCAAUCAUUUUAGGAAUUCCUAAUCUUGGACAAUUAUUUAGAGUCAAUAUCAAGAGACAGGUUCCUCUUUGCUCUCUAUAUUCAACUAAAUCGGCCAUUGAACCGAUCAGUAAUGAUCUAUCCCUGAUGACACCAUUAUCAGAAAUAGCGCCACCUCUACGUCGUGUAUACAGGAAACGUGUACAAUGUUGCGCAACAAGCAAGUAUAGUGGAAAACGCUGUACGAAAAUGGUACGCUCUAUUCCUUCAGCCGCUCACUUGGCUUUGUGUUCCCACCACAGGUCCUUUGAAAGAAAAGCUUUUGCAGAACAGCUUGAAGAAACAGCAUUGGACAAGGAUCAGCCUAGGUUAGGAAUCAAGAAGAAUACAAAUAAAAAAUUACUACUUGAUUGCUGGGAUGUAUGGUUAGGAGAUCAAACAUGCAAAAGGACGAAAAAAAAGCUGCUUAGGGAGAUGAUGAAGCCAUUAUCAGAAAAAGACAAACCAGGAUUUAUUUAUGCCUACUCUAUAGACGAAAGCAUAACUGGGCCACAAGAUAAAUUUGCGUACUUCAAAAUAGGAAGGACAAUAAACUUACACCAAAGAAUGUCAAACGUAGCAAGGACUUGUAGGCAUGAACCAGAGGUCAUAGAAUCGAUUCCUAGCCUACCGAAUACAGGGAUGCAAGAUAAGAACUUGAAAAAUAAUGCUUUAUCUAGUUGCCCCAUUGUCCAUAGAGUAGAAUAUUUGAUUCAAAUAGAACUGUCUAGUCUAUAUAAAAGGGCUAAUAUUAAGUGUCCUGUCUGUGGCAUGCGUCAUAGAGAAUGGUAUGCAGUUGAGAGAACACUCGGUGAAGGCGGUAAGCUAAUGACUAAUCAAGAAAUAUGGCAAAUACAUCUGCGGCCCAUCAUCUUACGCUGGGUUCAGUAUGGCGUUCUAGUAUCUGCUCUAUUAAAUAAAAAAGCCAACCACAGCUAGUUUAAUCGAAGCCUAAAACAACAAAAGAUACUU